AUGCAUAGGGCUGAAGAUGUACAGAGAAUUAAAAACAAAAUUGGUGGCAGACGCGGUGUGCCAGCUCAGCUUGAGGAGAAUUACGAUGAUGGUAUGAAUGAAGAAAGUAAUUUCAACAAUGAUGAAGGUAGCCAGCACACAGACCUCGAAAAUCAGAGUCAAGACAACAAUCAGAGUCAUUCAGGCGUAGAUGAAGGUACUGAAGACAUAGAUGAAAGUGCCGAAGACACCAAUGGGAGUGUAUCCGAGAUCUCAAAUCUAACCUACAGUAGCAAACGUGCUAGAAGCCCUGUGGAGGCGUCAAAUAAACGACUUCGGCAUAUUGAUACUGUGGAUCCUUCAGGAACUCCCAAAAGAUCAUCCCGAGAAUAA